UCAAGAGAGACAGCUCUCCACAUUGCCGUCAAGUCGAAAAACCUUGAAAUGGUCAAGCUGCUGUUGGACCACGGAGCUUCUUGUGAAAAUAUCGACAGAGUACGUUUUAAAAAUUGUUUAGUAUUCCGUGAACAUCUGUCUGAAAAAGAUCAAAGUGGCCAUACCCUAGAUAGAUAG